AUGGUUCAGCUCACGACUACCACCACACAACAAACCACUACAGAUAUUGUGACAACAACGCAGUCAACAACGACAUAUAUACCUACAACUACACAACAAACCACUACAGAUAGUGUGACAACAACGCAGUCAACAACGACAGAUAUACCUACAACUACCCAACUAACGACUACAGAUACUGCAACAACUAUUCUGCCAACAACGACAGAUAUCCCUACAACUACCCAACAAACAACUACAGAUAUUGCAACAACUAUUCUGCCAACGACGACAGAUAUCCCUACAACUACACAACAAACAACUACAGAUAUUGUAACAACUAUUCUGCCAACAGCAACAGAUAUCCCUACAACUACCCAACAAACAACUACAGAUACUGCAACAACUAUUCUGCCAACAACGACAGAUAUCCCUACAACUACACAACAUACAACUACAGAUAUUGCAACAACUUUUCUGCCAACAACAACAGAUAUCCCUACAACUACACAACAAACAACUACAGAUAUUGCUACAACUAUUCUUCCAACAACAACAGAUAUACCUACAACUACACAACAAACAACUACAGAUAUUACAACAACUAUUCUGCCAACAACAACAGAUAUCCCUACAACUACACAACAAACAACUACAGAUACUGCAACAACUACUCAGCCAACGACAACGGAUAUCUCUUCUUCUGCACCACAGACGAUUACAGAUAUUGUGACAAUUACUGAGCUAACCACGACUGAUAUCAGUACUCCCGCCCAACAGACUACUACAAGUAGUGUGACAACAACUCAGUCAACAACGACAGAUAUCCCUACAACUACACAACAAACAACUACAGAUAUUGCAACAACUAUUCUGCCAACAACAACAGAUAUCCCUACAACUACACAACAAACAACUACAUAUACUGCAACAACUACUCAGCCAAUGACAACGGAUAUCUCUUCUUCUGCACCACAGACGAUUACAGAUAUUGUGACAAUUACUGAGCUAACCACGACUGAUAUCAGUACUCCCGCCCAACAGACUACUACAAGUAGUGUGACAACAACUCAGUCAACAACGACAGAUAUCCCUAAAACUACACAACAAACAACUACAGAUAGUGUGACAACAACGCAGUCAACAACGACAGAUAUGCCUACUUCCACAUCACAGACGACUACAUAUACUGCAACAACUACUCAGCCAAUGACAACGGAUAUCUCUUCUUCUGCACCACAGACGAUUACAGAUAUUGUGACAAUUACUGAGCUAACCACGACUGAUAUCAGUACUCCCGCCCAACAGACUACUACAAGUAGUGUGACAACAACUCAGUCAACAACGACAGAUAUCCCUAAAACUACACAACAGACAACUACAGAUAUUGCAACAACUAUUCUGCCAACAACAACAGAUAUCCCUACAACUACACAACAAACAACUACAGAUACUGCAACAACUACUCAGCCAAUGACAACGGAUAUCUCUUCUUCUGCACCACAGACGAUUACAGAUAUUGUGACAAUUACUGAGCUAACCACGACUGAUAUCAGUACUCCCGCCCAACAGACUACUACAAGUAGUGUGACAACAACUCAGUCAACAACGACAGAUAUCCCUACAACUACACAACAAACAACUACAGAUAGUGUGACAACAACGCAGUCAACAACGACAGAUAUGCCUACUUCCACAUCACAGACGACUACAGAUACUGCAACAACUACUCAGCCAAUGACAACGGAUAUCUCUUCUUCUGCACCACAGACGAUUACAGAUAUUGUGACAAUUGCUGAGCUAACCACGACUGAUGUCACUACCUCCUUACAACAGACUACAGAUACUGCAACAACCACUCAGCAAACGACGACUGGUAUCCCUACGUCCGCACCACUAUCUACUACAGAUAGUGUGACAACUAUUCAGCAAACGACAACAAUGGGAACAACCGCGGCCACAACAACGAAUGCGCCAACCACCAAAACGGUGGUAUCAACAACUGAUCAAGCUGACUGUUCUCAAUCAAACACUGGAAGUAGCUUUGUAAUUGCCUUUCCAAGUAACCUAGAGCUGGGUUCAGAGAGCAAUUCAUUGGUGAUCUCGACAACCUCCCACCAAGCUGUUACUGUUGAAGUUCAUGAAUCCGACGGUAAUACAUUAUCUGGUGUAGUUACAGAAGGAAUCAGUCUAACAUUCGGUCUGUCAGAGAAUUCCCGAUGCACAGGAUCUGGUUUGCAGGAUUGCUCUGUAAGAGUGUUGGCAAUAGAUGGUGACAUCUCGGUGAUUGCGUAUAGCGAAGUGGGUACGUCUACGGGUAGUUUCCUCGCAUUCCCUGUGGACAGUCUCGGCGAGGAAUACGUCAUAGCAAGCUACACCCCUAGAGGAGGUUUUAAUUCAGAGUUCACUGUAACUGCAGCUGAUACUGCUGCCACAGUUAUAAUCGAGUUUCCUGAAGUAAUCAGACAGCAUCGAUUGAGUAAUGGCCUGAGCCCUGAUCUUGAAUUUGACCUCAACGCUGGCCAGACAUAUCAGGUCCAGAGUACUCUGGAUUUGAGUGCUUCCCGAGUGGUGUCAACAGCACCCGUAGCCGUAGCAUCAGGAGCAAGUUGCUCUGAAUUGCCAAUUGCAACGAAGUAUUGUGACUAUAUUGUUGAACAGAUGCCUCCAGUCAACACUCUAGGACGCUCUUUUUCUGUUUCUACCUAUCACGGACGACCGAAAAGUGGACUGGAUGUGAGAAUCAUAGCAACUCGUGAUGACACGCGUAUCACAUCGGGUUCACGUGACUUCACUAUUCAUUCGUUCUGGUAUCUUGACUUGAAUGAAAACCAGCAAACGGCAUUCGAUAUUGAGGCUUCAGAGCCUGUUCUUGUUGUUCAGUACCAGAGGGGGCAUGAAAGUGACAGCACUGGAGAUCAAUCAAUGUCAGUGAUUUCUCCCAAGGAACAGUUCUCAGUAGGAUCGAUCACUUUCCCGGUUGCCCUCUUAUUCGCCCCUUCGAACUUUAUCAUGAUAACCGUGGAAACCAUGGAUGAGAGCGGGAUCCAGUUUGACGAUGUUUUGUUAGACUCAUCCAUCGCAACUCGUACUACCACUUCCCAGUAUACAUUUUGGGGUAAAGAGAUCUCAAAUGAUCCUCAUACCGUGAGUCAUGUAGACCCAGACGUACCAUUUAGUGUCGUUACAUACGGAUAUGAUAAAUACGAGGGAUACGGGACAUCAGCAGGUACCUUCUUGAGGCCAUCGCGCUGCAGGCAGGCAACGACUACUUCACCGCAGGUGACUACAGAUGCAUCUACAACGGAUAUCUCUUCAACGAUAGUGACAUCCGAUACAACGUCAGAUUUAACUCAGACGGACAUUGUGACGAUUACUGAUAUAUCUACCAAGGCUGAUUCUACAAUGGCUGUGACUGCUGGCGGAACUACAGAUACAGCUCCAACCACUACUGUGACUACAGAUGCCUCUACCACGGAUAUCUUUUCAACGGCCGUGACUACAGAUGCAUCUACCACGGAUAUCUCUUCAACGACCGCGACAUCCGACACAAGUUCAGAUUCCACUCAGACGGAAAUUGUGACGAUUACUGAUGGAUCUACCAAGGCUGAUUCUACAAUAGCUGUGACUACAGAUACAUCUACCUUAGAUAGUUCUACAGUGGCCGUGACAACAGAUGCCUCUACCACGGAUAUCUUUUCAAUGACCGCGACAACCGAUACAACUACGGAUGCAGAUAUGACUACUGAUUCGACAACCGAGUUAACUACGUUUGAAACACAGACUAGUAUAGUAACAUUAGACGGGUCGUCCCCAGGUGCUUCUACAGCAGCUGACAUAAACCUGUAUGUAUGGAUGAUGGUUCUACUAGCGAUCUUCAAUUAGCAAGACUCCGUUUUACUUGAGCUGCUUCUAGAGAGGACUUAAAUAUCCUUACUGUGUUAAGUCGAACUCUGUUAACAACAAACGACGAGCAACAACCGUGUGGUGUUUCUCUUUUAUAUUGUGUUGGAACAACGGAGAUCUCUUCGUUCUCAGGGAAUUAACAGUUUCAUAAUUAUUAUUGUUUCGAGAUAUCUCGCAAAUAGGCCCUAAUGCAUUGUCACUCUGUAUAUAUUUUCUUAUAAGGGGGAGUAGGGCAUGUGAUGUUAAAAAAAAUCCAAUUAAUUGAAUAGAAUAUUCAUUAUUGGAAAUUUUGAUUAUAAUUUUAUUGUUUGAAUUCUGUCAUUUUUCUUUUUUUUUAAAUAGGAUAAUGGACCUAUAAUUUGGAAGUCAUACACUGUAAAAAAAAAUUUAAACUAGAAAAUGAGCACUCGUCUGCUCGUAGUGUAGUCACUAUACGAGCACUGUAAGUGCUAUAUUAGCACUUCAUUUUUGACAGUGUAAUCAUGCACUAAAAGUGAUUUUUACUAAGCCUCAUCAUAUGGGAAAAAUGAUCAAAAGGAAAAGUGAGAUCUAAUAACUAAAAACCCUCCUUCAAAUAUGUUUAAUUAUUAUUAAAUUAAAGUCAAAAGAAAGACUGCAAUAUAAUACUGGACAGGAUGGCAUACUAUUGAGAGUUAGCUAUAACUAACAGAAAAUGAAACAAAAAUGUGUUUCAAAAUCAAAUUAAUAUCAUUGAAAUUCAUGAUUGAAUAAUCCCUUAUCUCGUUCCAACUUUCCGAGAGCCAGUCUUGAUUAUGCGGGAGAGGCUCUAAAAUGUGAAAGAGCAGGAUGUAUACAAAAUAAGAGAAUAAAGAUGAGCGAAAACUCACCUGUAAGACUCAGAG